GUGGCAGCAGAUUAGGCGAGGGCUUCCAGCUGGGGGCGUGGCAUGGGGGCUGGCUUGAGAACCCAAGGUGGAUGUGGAACCUGAGAGAGCCCGACGAAGGAGGCGGGGUCAAGGACUGGCUGGGGCGGAGUUAGGAUCUGGGGGUGGGCUCACGUCGAGACAUGGACCAAUGAUUGAGGACUGGGGUUCUGAGGACCUAGAGAACCGCCUGCGCGUUCAGUUGGGGUGGUCCGGUUGAAGCCAGAGCUGAGGCCUCUGGUUGUAAGGCUGGAAGGCAUUGCUGUGCCGCACCGGGGGCCCAAGCCGCUGCCCAAGAAGUGCGGGGCUUGGCUGGAGCCCAUGGUCCAGCGGCCAACUAGUCGCCGGGGCUGGGGCGGGAGGUUUCAUUGACUCUGGGGCAGGAAAAAGGCUGGAAGUUCCACAGGUGACAUCACAAUCGCCUCCAGAUGUGGGCGGGGCCAGGGAGGCAUUUCCAAGGAAACGGGAGCUGCCCUGCCUUGCUCCGUCCUCUUUCCUCCUUCCCUUCCUUGGUUACUCCCUUCCUUCCUCCCUCUCUCCCUCCUUCCCCAGUUCUGCUGCCCGGGUACCCCACCUGAAACCCUACCCCUUGUGCCGCAAGGUCGGGGGGAGCGCCUCAGCUCUCCAGACUGGGAGGAUUCUGUACAAAUGAGCAUCACCUAAGGAGCUCACCAGGGACCAGUAGAAGGAUGACCGAGUGCCACUGAAAGCCCAGCUGAAGUCCCCAAGCAGUCAGCUACCUUCCUUAAGCAGGAUUCAGCUCCAGUACCCCAAAGGACAAAGCUAAGUGGCAGAAAAAGGAAGCGGCAGAGUCUACCCUGUGGUUGCUGAUGGAGCUGCUGCCGGUUGGAGUUGUCUUUGGGAACACCCUGGGACAAUUCCUGGAACCGUCCCUUCUUGCCUAGACUCUGGCUCACUCCUAUUCAUGACUCCAGAUUCAGCUCCUAUUAUGCUUCUUCCAAGAAGGUCACCCCAUCCCCAUCUCAAUAUAAACAGGUUACCCAGCUGGGAGAGAGGACAUCUGCUGGCUGGUGUAGCGUCCAGCACUGACACAUCUACCUUCUCCUCUGAAGGUGAAUUCAAGGACACUGACGGGUGCUGCUGGAAACACAGAAAGUGCACCGGGCACAUCAUCCAUCCUUUCACCUCUGACUAUGGCCACCACGACGUGCACCUGCACUGUAUCAGCCACUGUGACUGUGAUUCUAGGCUGAAGGACUGCUCAGAGAAGACAUAUAGCAGUUCCGGAGAUGUGGGCCUAACCUGCUCCCAAGAUGUGGACUCGGCCUGUUUCAACAUCAUCCAGUGCCCAUGCUUUGAGCUCAUCCCAGAGGGAGAGUGUGUGGAGCGGUUCUGGUGUGGCUGCUACAGGCCUGUCUCUGUGGCAGUGAUCCACCAUCCCAUCCACCGUGAGUGCGGGGCAGAUGACCUAAACCAAGAAGAGGAAGAGAAGGAGGAGGAGGAGGAGGAGGAGGAGGAGGAGGAGGAGGAGGAGGAAGAAAGCAAGCCUCCCAUCCCGACCCAGGUGGGGCCCCCUGCCCUCCUCACCAACACAGGUAUGGGCAUGGUCACAGGUACCCCUGACUUAGCAACUCCCAUCACCAUCUGGCGUUCCGAAAGCCCCACAGGGAAGUCCCAGGGCAAUAAGAUGAUCAAGAAGAUAAAGAAGAAAAAGGGAAAAGAGAAAGACAAGGAGGAGGAGACGGAUGAAAAAGCAAAGGUGAAGAAAAAAGUCAAGAAGGGCAAGUUGACUAAGAAGAAAAGCCCAGUUAAAUCAGAAUCACCUCCAGACUUAAGCCAAUCGUUAAGCCCAAGAGAGUUGGCCAGGAUGUCAGAGUCCAGCCCAGACAGCUGGCGAGAUCUGGACAGUUACAAUGACCCUGGGCGGGAGGAACCCUCCAGUAAGGAUAUUGUGGAGUCUUUAUCACCCAGGAAGAGAGAGAAGAACGGGGUCCAGGCCAUGAAGCCCAGGAUGAAGACCUCACCAGUCAAGAAGGCCAACAUGAGGAAAUAUCCCCCAGCAUCAAACCCCAAUCUCAGCUGAGGCCAGGGCGACCAGGGCGAAGAAUAAAUACGAUCAAACCUGUAGCUGACCCCCUGCUUCUCUCUCCCUCCAACCUGGCUAUUUCUGGGGGGCGGGGGGGCAGCGUCUGGGCAUAACUGGAGCCAAGGGGCUAAGGAGCUGCAGGUGUUUCUGAAGGGC